GUAUAAAACGACAACUAAAAUGAAUGGACGAAGUAUAUUGUGCACAAGUCUAAAACGGCAACUAAAAUGAAACGGGUGGAGUAUAUCCUACCUAAACUAUUUUAUAUUUGGCCAGUUACUAGAGGAAUGAGUUUUAGUUAUAUCCUAGCUGAACUAUUUUGUACUGUAUUUCGCCAAUUACAACAUCAAUUAAAGUUAUAUCCUAGUUGAACUAUUUUAUAUUUGGCCAAUUAGAACAUCGAUUAAAGUUUAAACCAUUAGUCACUGUCACACUUAAUGAAUUUUAAUUGGUCUACUUCCAUUAAGAACAUAAAAUGGUGUCUUUCCUAUUUUUGGAUUUUGUUUUUGCGCGACUAUUGUGGUCAUCUCGUCAAUAACACACACAGAGACCAUGGGAGACCAUUCAACUUUUAUAGGGUCACUGCUUUUUCGCUUUGUGGGGAUUGUACCAUUCUUUUUCUUCUUUCUUCUCCGUAAUUUCAAAUCUGACAAUAAUUUAUGGUUGUAAGAAUAAAGAUUUGUAAAAAGAGAAAAACCAGAAAAAAACGAAGGGACGAAAAAACACUGUUUGUAUGUAGUUUUUUUUCAUAAUUCGACAAAGAAAACACUAAUCAUCAUCACACUUACCCAAACUAACCCAGACGUUUCAGAUCUUCCACACGAUUUUUAUCGUUUUUGAUGGGACUCUGAUUUUACGUAGUCUCUCGUCUGCAUUUUCUUAAGAGAUUUUGGGUUGCAUCGCUUCUGCAUGAAAUGUUUGCCGAUAAGAAAAACAAGAAGGGUGUUAAUAUCUUUGCAUUUUCUGUUUUUGCCAUCUUUUGCUUCAAGUUUUACAGUGUAAAUGCUGUCAAGUUACCAAAGAGUGAAGUGGAUGCUCUGCAGCAAAUCGCCAAAACGCUGGGCUCUAAGUUCUGGAAAUUUGAUGCUGAAAAUUGUAAAGUCGAAACAGUGGGGCUAACAGAGACUCCUCCUCCGACAGCUAAGCAAGAAAUAGAAUGCGAAUGUAGUCCUACUAACGAAACUGAUUGUCAUAUUAUCAAAGUUGCAUUCAAGGAUCAUAAUCUUCCAGGAACUCUUCCACCUGAAAUACAAAAACUUCCCUACCUCCAGGAGAUAGACUUCGCCUACAACUACCUCAAUGGGACAAUACCACUGGAAUGGACUAUGACAAAUUUAACAACUAUCUCUCUUCUUGUAAAUCGGUUGUCAGGGCCAAUUCCAAAGGAGGUCGGAGACAUGACUUCACUAACUUCCUUAGAUCUAGAGUCAAAUGCGUUUACUGGAACCAUUCCUGAGGAGCUAGGCAACUUAGCCAACUUGGAAAAACUGUUACUUUCCUCCAACAAAUUGACGGGUGGUUUGCCAGAUUCAUUAGCUAAACUAGAGAAGUUGGAAGAUUUCAGGAUUAAUGAUCUCCAACUCACUGGAAGGAUACCUAGUUACAUACAAAAUUGGAAGGGACUCAAGAGACUUGAAAUGAUUGCAUCUGGUCUUACCGGUCCAAUCCCAUCGGUCAUCUCAACUUUCGACAAAAUGAAAAAUCUGAGGAUCACUGAUAUAGGUGGACCAGUCCAACCAUUCCCUUCCUUAAAGAACUCAACAGAGUUCUCUAAGCUGAUACUGAAGAACUGUAACAUUGCUGGACAAAUACCUACCUAUCUUUCAUCAUUGAAAAAUCUGGAGACAUUGGACUUGAGUUUUAACAAGUUGGCUGGGACAAUUCCCGCGUUUGCGCAGGCAGAAGAUCUACGGUUUAUAAUGUUGACUGGAAACAAGCUCGAGGGAGAGGCUCCAGAUGGAUUACUAAGAGAUGGAAUCACUGUAGAUCUUUCUUAUAAUAACCUCAAGUGGCAAAGUCCUGAAAGUAGUUCUUGUCGACCACACAUGAAUCUGAAUCUAAACUUGUUUCAGAGUACUUCCACAAAAAAAUCGAGCAAGUUUCUGCCAUGCAUCAAAGAUUUUGUAUGUCCUAAAUAUUAUAGCUGCCUCAAUAUAAACUGUGGUGGAAACGAUGUAACAGUAGAAGCAAACAAUAGCAAAAUAAUAUAUGAAGGAGAUGGAGAAGUUGAAGGCGGUGCUGCUAAGUACUAUCUGAAUCCUGAGUCUUACUGGGGAUUCAGCAGCACAGGGGACUACAUGGACGACAACAAUUUCCAAAACACAAGAUUCACCAUGUUUGUCCCCACAUCUAACCUGUCUGAACGGUACAAAACCGCACGAAUAGCUCCAACAUCUCUCACUUACUUCCAUGCCUGCUUGGAAAAUGGAAAAUACACUGUGAACCUAGACUUCGCUGAGAUGAGAUUCACCAAUGAUGAUACUUAUAGCCAUCUUGGAAGGCGUAUUUUCGACAUCUAUAUUCAGGAGAAACUUGUUUUAAAAGACUUUAACAUCAUGGCUGAAGCAAAGGAAGCUCAAAAACCUAUAACCAAAUCAUUUACUGUUGAUGUGACUAACCAUUUUUUAGCUAUCCGGUUGGGUUGGGCCGGUAAAGGAACCACCAGGAUUCCAGAAAGAGGAGUUUAUGGUCCUAUCAUAUCGGCUAUUUCCAUACUUUCAGAUUCUAAGCCGUGCGCACUCGCUGGAAGUGGAAUGAGCACUGGAGCAUCUGUUGGACUUGGAAUUGGAGUCGCAUGUCUUAUUAUCUUUCUACUAGGACUUCUUUGGUUUUGUGGCUGCCUUCCAUGUUUCGGGCGACGAAAAGAUCCUAAUGAAGAAGAGUUGCCAUCUGGAACUUUUACGUUACGGCAAAUCAAAGCCGCUACUAAUGACUUCAGUCCAGCUAACAAGAUUGGAGAAGGUGGUUUUGGUCCUGUCUUUAAGGGUGUGUUAUCAGAUGGAAGAGUUGUAGCAGUUAAGCAGCUCUCAUCUAAAUCAAGACAAGGGAACAGAGAGUUUCUAAACGAGAUAGGUGCAAUAUCUUGUCUUCAACAUCCAAAUCUUGUCAAACUUCAUGGCUUCUGCGUCGAGCGGGCUCAGAUGUUGCUUGUGUAUGAAUGCAUGGAGAACAACAGUUUAGCUCAAGCGUUAUUCAGUCCAAAAGAUAAACAGAUUCCAAUGGACUGGACUACGAGGUUUAACAUUUGCUGUGGGGUUGCAAAAGGUCUCGCGUUUCUCCAUGAGGAAUCACCGUUGAAGUUUGUGCACAGAGACAUCAAGGCCACUAAUAUAUUACUGGACAAGGACUUAACUCCCAAGAUAUCUGACUUUGGAUUGGCUAGGCUAGAUGAGGAGGAGAAUACACACGUUAGCACCAAAGUCGCUGGGACUAUAGGAUACAUGGCACCAGAAUACGCACUUUGGGGUUACUUAUCUUUCAAAGCAGAUGUCUACAGCUACGGUGUUUUGGUUCUAGAGAUCGUCGCUGGCAUUAACAACAGUAGUUUUAUGGCGGCAGGAGAUGAAGUCUGCCUCUUAGAAUGGGCUACUCAGUGUGAAGAGUCAGGACACUUGAUGCAAGUUGUGGAUGAGAGACUGAGACCUGAAGUCAACAAAAAGGAAGCAGAGGCUGUAAUAAAAGUGGCUCUCGUGUGCACGAACGCUUCUCCGACAGAUCGUCCUAUAAUGUCAGAGGUCGUUGCAAUGCUCGAAGGUUUCUAUCCAGUGCCUGAUUCAACCCCUGGAACAAGCAAGAAAUCAGGGGAUAUAAGGUUUAAGGCGUUCAAAGAUGUAAGGAAAGGCAUGGAUAACGACAGUAAGACGCAGUGUUCUGUUAACAGUUAUCCUUCUUCUUCUUUUUCUUCCACUAAUAAUGUGGAUACUAAUGUGGCUGGACAAGAAACAAAGCAAGAAGAGCCAAGGAGCUGAUCAAGAGGUUUAUAGUUCCUGUUCUUUUUUUUUUUUUUUUUUAAUUAAAUUAUCUGACUGUUAAUUUGUAAUAUGUUUUGGAAGUCUAUUACACAACUAGAGUCCAGUUACUGUAACUUUUUUUUUUCUUGCAUCAUAUUAAUUGUUGAUUAGUUAGGGACUGAGUGUUUGUGGAAAACCAACUUCAAUUGGUGACCGUGUAAAAAAUGAAAUGAAUGAAAAAAAAGUUGAACAAAAUUUCAUGAAUUGAAUUGAAAAAAAAUUGAAUAAAGAGGAAAAAAAAAGAAUUGAACAAAAAGUAAACAUGAAUGGUAAAAAAUGAGAUGAACAUGUGUUUUCAUAUUUUAAAGUGGAUAUAACUAGUAUUAAAAUACACGCACAAUAAAACCAAGUUUUAAACUUCUAAUACAAGUUAACUCCACGUAUUGAAAACUGACCGACCUUUGCUCACCACACAGUAAAACACAAACUAAUAUUAAAGCACAAUAAAGAAUUAACAACUAUAGGCGUCGUGUACCACGUCUAUUUGCACGCCAUAACUGGUCAGCUAUCUGGUCUCGAACGAUUUUCAUAUACACUCCUUGAGCGUCAUCUUCAUCUACUUGUACCCCCGUCAUCUUCAUAUGACUGAUCACUGUUGUUUUGCACAAAGUUACUGCCCCUCUCAACUUCCUCAAAAUUAAAAUCUCUAAUUUUAUUCCAACGAAUAAAAUUAUGCAAUCUCAUUGUAGCAAAAAUUACUUGUAUUUGUGUAGAGAUAUCAUAUCUUGGAAACUCAUUCAAAACUCUCCAAUUUUUUUUCAUACACCAAACGUACGUUCAAUCACCGAACGCAAUGACGCAUGCCAUUGUUGGAAUUCGUUUUUGACAAAGUGGUGUAGACCAUUUUCCGAUAAGUUUUUUGACGGAGAUAUCUGUCAGAAAGACCAGAAUUUGGGUACGAUAUAAUCGUCACCGUGAACACUAAGAGUUAAUGUAUUUGUUGGUCAAAAUCGGAGUUGUAUUGAAUGAGAAAUGGAGUCCGAAGUGAAUGACAUACAAAGUUUUUAGUUUGGCUAAUAUAGAAUUUUAGCAAAUGAGUCACUUUGGAUAUUUGAGUUUGAAUUUAAAUUUAAUAGGUUAAUUAGAUAUUAUAUCAAUUAACAUGUUUUAAAUCUUAUUCAUAAAAUAUUUUUAUGUUUCUUAAAUAUAAAAAUAUAAACCUAGUAAAGUAUAUUGGUGUAUUUGAUUUGGUCAAAUAUGCAUUAUGACUUUGAUAUCUAACGUACAAUGAGUCAUGGGAAUUAAAUUCAUUUACUACAAUUGAAAGCAUUGGUACGUUAGUGGUCUCCAUGAUUUCACAAGGUGUUACACUUUCUCCAUUUAAAUAGGACCACUUGUGUAGCAACGACCAUACAAAAAAAUAUACAAUCCUCCAUAUUUAUUUGAUUUUUUUUUCUUUUAUCUUUUUUUUUGAGUCUGAGAAUAUAUACAAAACUAGUUUCACCAGGUUUCUGAUAGAGUGACGCAAAUCAAAAGACUUUUGCAGUUGUAUAUGGAGACUCAUUAUGUUAUCGAACCGUCGCACUA